AUGCGUGCAUUACAUCCAGCGGAUUUUCAUUAUAAAAUCCAAUAUGGCGGACGAGAAAUCAAAGACUUAGAUGAGUUAAUAUCAGAGAUUGGAGGAGAACUGGGUAAAUUUGCUGAAGAGGAAAAGUCACAAGCCCUCAGUGAAAUAAAGGAGCUUCAGUUUGGAACAGAGCUUUCCUUCACUUUUUUCACUUUUUUUCACUCCAGGUUUGCAGCAUACAAGAACUGGAAGUUUGAAGUUCUAAAUAUCAGUAAAAGUGAGAAUGGUGGAAUUAAGGAAGCUUCUGUAAGUCUGGUUGGUACUGGUGUGUUUGGCACAAUGAAGUUUGAAACUGGUGUUCACAGAGUGCAAAGAGUUCCAUUGACUGAAACAAUGGGUCGUGUUCACACUAGUACAAUGACUGUGGCAGUGUUACCGCAACCCACAGAGGUAGAUGUAGUAAUCAGACCGGACGAUCUUAGAAUUGACACGUUCAGAUCCUCAGGGAGCAAGGCCUUGCAAGUAUUACGUACACGACUGUAUAAUAUGCAGCGACAGCAGGCGGACUCAGAGAGAACAGAAGCCCGCAGGAAACAGAUUGGAAGUGGAGAGCGCUCCGAAAAGAUCAGGACUUACAACUUUCCACAGGGCCGCGUAACUGAUCACAGAAUAGGCUUGACCGACCACGGCCUGGAACUUUUCCUUGAAGGAGAAGACAAGCUACACGACAUGAUCCGGGCUCUGCAGUCUCAACAUGAAGCUGAGGCUUUACAGCAGCUCACCAGUCAAUACAGCAGUGGAGACAAGCAAACAAGCUAGCACUGAGCAAAAUGGGACUGAAACAGCAUCAGAAACAUUUGACACAUACGGAUUGUUGUGCUGUCCGACAAGGUGCGAAACAAAGCUUUAGCAGGUUGCCGUGAAUUAUCAGGCGGCAUUUUACCGUCUUGUGGAAGAGAGAAUACUCGUAUCUAUAUGUCAACACCACAAAUACCCAGACGCUAAAUUACAAAGUUGCAGCCAGGGGUAAUGUUUUUUAAUUGCACAAAGUUUUAAGAUCAAAGGAUGCCUCAAAAUAAAGUUUUUUUCAGAUAGAAAAAUGGGACAAAACAUUAUUAGCCAGAACGAAUCAAGGAAGGUUAAGAAAGGAAAGUUGUUGAGGUCAAGAGCAGAUGAAGGGUGAGAGAAUUCCUUCCUCAUAUAGGACUGAGGUAAUCUCUCUCAAGUUAUAUUUAGACAUGGUACCCAGUUCUUCCUCGCUUAAGUUUACCUCGCGCUUUGCCUGGGUUUUUUCUGGGAGGAUGAAAAUGCGUGUUAAGUCGCUUGGGUUGUCCACGUGACCAAAAUCCCCCUCUUAGGAUUGGCUAUUUCUUGACUCCCCUGGGAUAUCCGAAACCGGGAGUGAUUGGAAAUAACUUGAAAGGGAUUACCUUGGGAAUAACGCCUAUAUUUUAAUUACAAUUUAUGGCACAGAAAAACAGAAGCCAAAGGAUGAAAUGCAAAAGAGUCAAAGACCCCAUAUUAAAGCAGAUUACCAAUGGUACUAAAAUGAAAAAUGAUGCAAAUCAAUAUGGGCGAUUAACUUUCUUCCAAUCCCUCUUGAUUACGACCAAAGGAAUUGCUGGCUUUCACUGUCACGCCAUCAAAAACAAAAAUCGUUACCGUUCAAUAAAAUUAAUUAUGUCAAGAAUCUGGGAUGUGAUAGAUGAUUGGUAUUUAAACAACCACGGAAAAAUUAAACGUUGUAAAACGUCCAAGUUCUUAGAGGUUCUUGAAUCUGAAGGAACUGAAACUUCAGAACGGACAGGUAAUUUUUAAUUUUGAAAUAGGACUACGCUACAUGAAAAUCGGCUAUUGAGUAAUUAUGGGGAAUUUUGACAAUUCCUGUACUGUUGACAGAAGCAAAACUAUGAAAAAAGCGGUGAUCAGGAUUUUUAUUUCUUUGCGUUGUUUAUGUCACAACAAAUGAUAUAUAUGUAUUCUUACAAAUUUUCCUUUCAUUUUGUUAUCGUCAAACUGCUGAAAUAUUUUUUCCCGAUCAGACUAGUUUCCAGUCCCUGAUUAUAAAAUCGGUUAAUCACGGGUGAAAUAGGACUGGGAGCGAGGCUGUGUCAACAAGUGAAGGGAUUCAGGAAAACAAUUUUCUAUUUAUAUUUGCGGACAUAUGCCAUAGACGUGAUGCAUAAAUUUUGAGAGACUUACUGAAGAGUUAUUUUGGAAUGGAGCCAAAGACUGAUACGUAUUUAUUCUGAAAUAUCUGAUAAUGGUUUCGCGUUUGAAUUGUAAUUUCCAUAUUUCAUAUGAUAUACAUCCUUCCCCCUUUGAAGCGAAUUGUGUCAUAAACGACAGUGCAGAGAACAUUAUAAAGCUUUCUUUCAGUUUUCACACUGUUUUCCUUUCAUGUUCUCACUCAAAUUACAGCCGAUGUUAAUUAUUCAAAGGUUUGAGGUAAAUGAAUUGUUUCUUGACAAAAACGUGUAUUUGCCAUGUUUUGCAUUUUUAAUUUCCAGUAAAAUUGAAUCGAUAAACUGAGAAAAGCCAAAGCGUAAUUUCUAAGAUAAGAGGUUCGCGGGGAAAUUAAUGUGCCGUGGAUAAAUAGUUCUUGUUGCAACCGGCGCCGAAAGUUUCUUUUGUGUUUAGGGAUUAAAAUUCAAAUUAAGCAUAUAUAGGUUUCAUGUCCUUCAACCAAGUUAAGAACCUGUCAUGGAAACAAGUAACUAUGGUUGAAAAUACUCGACACCUGUUUCAAUAGAUGUACUUAGCUGACGAGAGAUUAGCAAGAUUUUUUAUUUCUUGUUUCUUUGUUAAGUCAAAUAAAAGAUCUGGAUUUCAGUCGGAAUACUGCACGGAACUCCAACAUUUUGAGCUCGCCGAACAAUUUUGUCUUAACUCGGAGAGCGAUUCACUGUGUUGUAGCGGGCUUAAAAUGUCAGCAAUUUCUAAUUGCUGACAAUAUUCAGAAUGAAUAGUAGCUGUCUAUUUUUCAUUAAACACCUCUGUGUCAGUUGUAAAUGACGUGUAUAAAACUGCUAAGUAGAAAAAUAAGCGUUGAAGGGAAAUUUCAGCGCGUUUAAAUAUCGAGAGCUCUCGAGUCAAAUCGGGAUGUUUUGUAGUAUUGCUUUUAUUCCCUUUUCUGUCUUCUUUUUCAAUAAACAAACACUUACACUUUUA